GCCGAAGAAGUUUUUACGAUGUUCUAAUUUACAAAUGUGCCCGUGUUAAGCGCGUUGUGUGAAGGAGUUGUUUCGCCGUAUUAUGAUUCACGUAAAUAUAGGAAUUAAAAACAACAUGUGAAAUGAAGACGGUGCGACGGAAAGUUCGCUGAAAGUUGCCUCGGCCGAGAGGACACGCGAUCGUUAGGUCGAUUGCAACAUACCUGUGUGAACCUCUAGUGUAUGUGUUACAAAAUUGACCGAUCGGAAGUAAUCUGCCUAAAGACGCCAAAUAGCACACCACGUGAUCGUGGAGUGCGCGCAGGUCUCGGGAAAGCAUGUUGAACAAGGCACAAAAAUUGGUGCUCGGAAUCGUGCUGCUGGUCCUUGUCGAUAUCAUAUGGGUUUCGUCGAGCGAGCUAACCAAGUUUCUCUACGAAAAUGAAAACUACGACAAACCCUUCUUCUGCACCUACUUCAAGGCGUCCAUGUUCACACUGUACUUGAUAGUGCUCGGAUUGAUAGCGCCGUGGAAGGAGAGCUGCGCUCGCAAUGGCAACUAUUCGCUGAUGGACACCACCGAAGAGGAGGAAAGCUAUUUCGCCAACGGAACGUCGAGUCUAAGCGACUCCUCGUUUGUGCCCAUCAAAGCGGACGCACAGGUGUCAGGAACGGAGAGUGACGAUUCCAGUAUACGCAGCGUUCGCUUCAGCAAAGUGGCCGAAGUGCGCGAGAUGUCCCCACAUGAAGCGUCCGAGGCCCUUAUGUCCCGGCUUUCGUAUGCGGCUAGUUUGAGGGUGCACCGACAAAAGUCCCACCACAAAACGGCCCGGAUAGCGCUACUGUUUUGUGUGCUGUGGUUUAUUGCCAACUACAUGUUUCAACUGGCUCUGGAACCGAGCGAAACGGCCAUGGUGACGUUGCUGAGUUCUAGCUCGAGCUUUUUCACGCUCAUCCUGGCCGCCAUGUUUCCGUCGUCGUGUGGCGAUAAGCUAACGUUCACCAAAUUCUUUGCCGUUCUGCUCAGCAUUUCCGGCGCGGUGAUGGUUUCACUGUCGGAGAUUAACGAGCCAAAAAUGUCGCGUGGAAUCGUCCUGGCCCUGCUCAGUGCCUUUUUCUACGCGUCCUACCUGGUACUAGUCAAGCGCAAGAGCGACACGGAAGAGAAGAUAAGCAUUCCACUGUUUUUCGGCUUCGUCGGCCUGUGGAACUUGCUGCUACUGUGGCCGCUGCUGUUCGUGCUGAACUUUUCCCAGCUGGAAGUGUUCGAGCUGCCGACCCGCCGGCAGUUUAUGGUGCUUUUUCUAAACGGGCUUGUCGGCACGGUACUGUCGGAGGCUCUUUGGCUGUGGGGAUGUUUUCUUACGUCGUCCUUGAUCGGAACGGUGGCCAUUUCGCUGCAAAUACCGCUGGCCAUGCUGUUCGAUAUGGUGCUGCACGGCAAAACGUAUCCACCGCUGUUCUACUUCGGUUCAUUGCCGAUGUUUCUCUCCCUGCUGCUGGUGGCCUGUCUGGUGAAGUUUGACGACUGCGAUCCGCUGCUCAAGUUUGGCAAAUCGGUCUACCGACGCCUGUGGCUCUGUCGGAAGACGAACGUCGUUCGGAUACCGGACCUGGAAGAACAGCACGAGUCGCUGAUCGAUGGAAGUCACGAAAAUUGAAUCCGUGCGUGGUGUUUGUGGGUCCAGUGAACCCCCAGUCCAGAUGUGCGGUACAUACAACUUUCACACGAACUUUGAUACAGGUACAGUCUGAUAAUGGAGUGGAAAUUAUUACUUUUAUUAGUUUGACUGUACUGCGAACCUAUGGUUCAGUGUAAAAUUUUAGAAGAAUCUUCUUUGAAAUGCCAGGUACACAACACCAAAGUGUUCUCUCGAUGGAGGCGACUUAUGGGUUAUUGCCUUCUUUUAAUGUGGUUCCCUGUUUGUCGCAAAACACUUGCUAACAACUUGUCUACGACGGCUGUCUCCCGCGAAUGCUUUACAAAACUAAUGUUGGCUCAUGAUAAUAAUGAGAUAACGGCAAAAGACUGUGCUUUGGGUGCUGUUAGCGGUGAGAUGAUAGGCUUCGAUGCUAAAUAUUUUUGCGGAAGUUCCAGUAUUAGGUCAGUACCGUGUCCCAAAAUAACUUUGUUUUACUUCUGUGUUUCAUUCAACCACCGUGUAUAUCUGAAUCUCUCGGGGAACUCUUGCUUUGAAUUAAGAGAUUACAAUGCAAAACGAUGCGAAAACAUCACACCUAGAAGCAAUCCAUCUCGAGUAACUUCUGUUUCUCAGUUUAAGGACUUUUUUGGAGUUGAAUAACAACCCCUCAUAAAUCGUAUCUGAGUGACGUGAUCGUUGGUAGUGACGUUAAACGUGUAGACUGUUUCACUAGCUUACGAGGAAUUUAUGGCCGCACCCACGGAACGGAAGGAAUUGUGUAGCAUUUGUUUGAGUAAGUUUCCUCCAGACACUAAGUGACUAAGUACCGCUGACAUGUGGUAGUGAACAGCAAUGCAGAGUCUAUGCACAAACGCAAUCCGGGCCAGGUGAUACGACUAUCCGGGAUAGCACGGAUCGGAGAGCACCAAAACCACAAGCCAGUAACCUUUUAGCCAGUGUAGAUAAUAUAUAUGUAUUUUGAGUUUAUGAUUGUGAUAUAAAUCCGUAGGGUAUACCUGAGGCAAACUAAGUAUUCGACGCGUGACUCGCUUCGUAAAGAAGAAAGUUUAUUUGAGAAAGGACAACUCUGAAAGACUAUAAGAUACACACCGUCAGAACCCCUACGAUGGCAUCGGCUGAACCAAAAUUUCUUACAGAAAUGUAAAUGCUAGGAUUGUAAUUUGUUUCCAUCACUCCUUUUCCAUCUUCGCUCUGCUGCACGCUCUAUUUAUGUGGCGGUUGAUUAGUUUAAAGUUCCCUCUUGCGAUCACUUGUCAUUGAUCAAUAGUUGAGAGUAUGAAUAUGGACCGCAUAUACGGCGGAGACUAGUGUUGAUUGAUGGAUAGUUGUUGUAACUCCUUCAGGAGAAACCAUUGUUCGUGUCGACACUGAGAACAUGAAUUAACAUGCAGUUUAGCCAUAGUUUAUCGAGCAAUUGCAGAUCUCGUUAACACAUCCUACAACGUACUCACUUAUUAACUACCGCACCUUAGCUUUCAUAGCAGCAGCAGCAGUGACACCCAUAUUACACCCCUUUACGAUCUACUGUCCCAAACUGUGUUCUCAAACCUCUAAAGACUCCGCCAAUGGCGUAUGCAUUCGGGUUUUUUCUGGGGUUCCCCGUUUUCAAUCCUGUCCCCCCCGCGAAAGCGAACAGAAGCUGCCGCAAAUUACUGACCGAGGAUUGAAAGCAACCUCUGGAAGGCACACCCACAAAACAGAGAAAAAAAGAACUUAAUCGUAAACUUUCUACUAUACACAUACACACAACCGAACAAAAAUUAGUGUAAAAAUAAUCAAUAAUUAAAACCGAUGGGGCAAUGAAAUUGAACAGCUAGUUGACACAUUCGGAAAGCGAAUAACAAGAUACGCCACUUAGUAGAGAACGUGGUGCGCAGUGAGCUGCAGGAUCGAGCACAUUCCUUGUACUGUGGGUAGUAGGAUAGGUUUUUUGUACAAUUUAUAUGUGAUAAAAACAAAACCCAUUUAUUACGAUAAGAUUUACACCUGCCGUUUGCUACCGAAGUGGGCGAAACCCCGGCGUAGUGCAGAAUAAUAAAAAGUAACGGAGCGAAAGUCGCCAAAACGGAACAGGAACCGGGCGUGCUGAAUACGAGCGGUCAAAACAAAAGUAUUUAACAAGUAAUAAGAUUCAAAACAAUAAAAGCAAACAGAGCGUAAUCGUAGAAAUGCAAGAAAACAAGAGAACACACACUCACGUACGUACACAACUUUACACCAGUAGAACCAUACACUAACCUAAUGAUAACGAUAAUAAGACAGACGAAAGUGUUGAAUGUAAUCUGUUGCGUAUCGCGUGUGACUUGUUUAAUGAUUGUACCUUUACCUCUAUACUCUAGCGGAACACAACACUCACUCUCACUCUGGGUAGUACCCAACACAUCCGGUUCGCUCGAGGCUUCCCGAGCCUUCUCUCUCCCGAGCGCCUCUCUUCUGACCGUCGCUUGGCGUCUGAGCCAUUAGGUCUGGAGAAAGCCUAGCGCGAGAGAGGCACGGUGAACACGAUCGCGAGUGUAACAUGUUUUAAGGAACAAUAAACA